CACGUGUGUCGUCCGGCCACCUAUAUAUUGCCAGUAAGAGCAGAGCUGAGCUUUGCUCUUUUGCACUCAUGAACAGUAACAAUGUUAUCCAUUUCGGAGUCACAAAAGAACAAAAUGUUGUCCCUUUUGGAAACCGCAGCCAAAGAAAACAACGUAGAUCUUCUGUACGAAACAAUAAUCCCAGAAAACCCAAAGAUCCUCAAAGAAAUCGAGGACACCCCAUUCGCAGACACGCCGCUGCACGUGGCGGCGGCAAAUGGAAACGCCAUUUUCGUGGCGGAAAUGAUGAGCUUAAUGCCGUCUUUUUCCCGGAAGCUGAACCGUGAGGGGCUAAGCCCGUUGCACCUGGCUGUGCAAAACGGGCAUCUGGAAACCGCGAGGGAGAUGAUAGAGCUGGAGGGUGGGCUGAUUCGAGUGGCGGGGAGGGGAAAGAUGACGGCGAUGCACUCCUUGGUCUCCGUUAUCGGUAACGGCGACGACAGUGGUGAUGUGAAGAAGAAAGUGGAUCUGUUGAUUGAUUUUGUUUGGGCAUGCCCUGAAGCCGUUACGGACGUGACGGUUGAAGGCAAAACCCCGCUGCAUAUUGCGGUGGCUUCGAAGAGUGUGGAUGCUUUUAAAGUGCUGUUUGGUUGGGUGUGUAGGACUGGGCAGAAUUCUGUGUUGGAGAAGCAGGAUAUUGAUGGCAACAAUUUGAUGCAUUUGGCUGCGCUCACUCAUCAAACUCAGGUUAUGAGAAGACUAAAGGGGUUUGUGUCUCUAACCAAAGAAAACAAACAAGAGAAAGAAGAAGACAUAUCAAACCAACAUCGCCGCACAUUCUUCAUGUCCCAAGAGACAUUUGUGCAAAAAUUCAUCCGUGUUAUUGUGUGCGCGCACACCGGCAUGUCCAUGGAAAAGCGCAACAUGAUGUUAGUGGUGGCGACGCUGGUGGCCACGGCCGCCUACCAAGUCGCCCUCCAACCCCCUAGCGGCAUCGCGCCACCAGAAACCCCCGAUCCCACAACACCCAAAAUCGAUUUGGAGUACAAUUUCUUCGGAUUAUCAAUGUCAAGCCGUGCCAGCCUAUUCAAUGUGUUUGUGCCUAUGAACACAUUGGCGUUGAACCUCUCUUUAGCAUUGAUACUAUUCGUACUCCCCCGUGAUUUUGGGAGUGGUGUGUUAUUACAGUUCACAUUGCUAGCGAUGUCGGGUAGCUACAUCACAGUGCUGCGAUACAUAUUAGACAAGCAUAAACUACCUUUUGUGUUGUCGGAUGUUAUUUACUGCAUGUUUGCUGUGGCUUUAAUUGUACACGUUGGAGUUUACCAAUUAAGAAGAGAUCGGCGGCGGACGCGCCAGCCUUCUAAUUUCAACUUGCAGAUAGAGACCGUGCUCCGCUCACCUGCCCUAACCACUGCACUAACCCCAAAUGCCAAUGAAUUGAAGAUCACUGCAGGGAAUUGAAUAUAUUUACUUUGUUUUUUUUUUUUUUGUUUGAUGUUUAAUUAUAAUUUUUGGGUGUACGUUAGAAAAUUACACUCUAUUUGUGUUGUUGGGUAUGAUGUGUGAAGUCAAAAUAUAUAUGUUGGAGUAACUUAACA